CGUCUCUUCAUCGUCAUCUCAACAAGCUCGUCAGCUGCGUCUCGUCCUCUUCUCAGCUCUCAGCCAUGCUACACGCGGCUGAUAUUGUGCCCACUCUAGAUCGCGGCCCGCUCGCCGAGCUCCCACGAACUGCUGCUAACAGGAACGGCUGCUGUUAGGUGGCGCUGUUCCAUCUGUUCAUUCCACUAGCAUGGAGCAUGCGACUCGCUGCAGUUGCGCUAGCUGACGAUCCGCACUCGUGACUGGGACCUGAAUGCUUGAUGACAUCCGCCAAGAGCGUCGAGCUUCGGCCCAUCCUCGCCCCACUACAUAAAGGGCGCCAUCUCACCUCCUUCCUCCAUCCAGCUUCGACAUGAAGCUCUCUACAGCGCUCCUUGCGCUUGUGGCGGCCUUGCAGGCCGUCGCGGCGCCCUAUCUCCAUGCUCAAGGCCGCCUGAGAUCCCGACAGGCCGACAAUGGCAUCAUCAACAUCCCCUCGCCCGUCGAGCACACCGGCAAGCCCGAGCAGUGUGCAGGCUACAAGCUGGACAAGAUGCACGAGCACGACUCCGGCUCGGGCUUUGACGGCACCUUAUCCCUCAUCAGCACAUGCAACGCCUACGGCCCCGACUACACGACGCUCAAGAUCCAGGUGCGGCACGAGACAGCGGACCGGCUGCGCGUGCGCAUCACCGACGCGGAGGGCAAGGCACACGUCGUGCCCGACGACGUGGCGCGCUGGCCCAAGAUUGACGAGCACACCGUCACAGCCGACGAGAGCAACCUGCACAUCGAAGUGCAGCACGAGCCCUUUGGGUUCAAGAUCACACGCAAGGCGGACGGCGAAGUGCUCUUCGACACGGUUGGCCACCCGCUCAUUUUCGAGGAGCAGUAUGUACGGGUACGCAGCGCACUCGCGCCCGGCAGCCACAUCCAGGGCCUCGCACAGCACUCGGACAACUUCACCCUGCCCAUCCACGAGGACGGGUACACGCGCACGCUGUGGACACGGGACGCGUACGGUGUACCGGGACGGACUAAUCUGUACGGCGCCCACCCGUUCUACGUCAACCAGAAGGUCGGGGAGGGCGCGAGCGCAAGCGGCACGUUCCUUCUGAGCAGCCAGGGAAUGGAUGUCAAGUUCCCCAACGGGACGCAGGUCGAGUUCAACGCGCUCGGCGGCAUCGUCGACUUGUUCUUUCUCAACGGCCCUACACCGGCCGACGUCGCGCGCCAGGGGUCCCAGAUAUGGGGCAUCAGUGAGCCCGUCCCGUACUGGAGUCUCGGUUUCCACUCGUGUCGCUACGGAUACAUCGACAUUGCGUAUGUCGCUGAGGUCGUAGCCAACUACACCGCCGCGGGCAUCCCCCUCGAGGUGCAGUGGAUGGACAUUGACUAUAUGAAGGACCGCUGGAUCCAGACGCUCGAUCCGGCCCGCUUCGCGCUCGACAAGGUCCGCUAUGUUAUCGACCAGCUGCAGGCCAGCGGCCGUCACAUGAUCGUAAUGGUCGACCCGGCGACGUUCAGCGGCAAGCCCAACGUCUCGGUGGAGAGCUACGAGACGCUCCGGACCGGCAAGGAGCAGGGGAUCUUCCUGGCGUAUGACAACGGCACACUGUACGAGGGUGUCGUGUGGCCCGGCCCGACGGCGUUCCCAGACUGGACGCACGAGCGCGCCCAGGCGUGGUGGGACGCCGAGUUCGAACGAUUCUUCAACCCCGACACGGGUGUGGAUGUCAGCGGCAUCUGGCUGGAUAUGAACGAGCCUGCUAACUUCCUCCCCUACCUCGAGGCUAACAUCUACCGUGUGUCCGCGGAGCGGGGAAUGCCGCCUCUUCGUCCACUACCGCGCAUUAUCCCCCGAUCUAUCCCCGGCUUCGAGGCCUUCACGGCGGGGGAGAAUAUCUCGGCGCCGCUCGGCUCCUCCGGAGGUGGUGGCGGGGCCAGUGGAGCGGGAGGCAGUGAGGGUUCCACCUCCAUGCAAACCUCUGGUUCGCCCAGCGCCUCACAGUCUGCGGAUGCUGCGCCAGCAGAGCCAACCGCGAAUGUAACCCGCCGUUCGCUCACCAAGCGCCAGACCCAGUCACCGUUGCCCAGCACGCUCGACGACUAUCUCUCUCCCGCACUCGACAGCAAGUGGCUGUACCCGCCGUACCGUAUCCAGGACCGGCGCGCGCCGCCAUCCUCGGCUGGCGACCAGGCGGGCCUGAAGAACAUAUCCGACUUUUCAGCGCGCACGGACCUCGUACAGGCGAACGGCGCGCGUACGUACGAUGAACACAACCUCUACGGUUCGAGGCACGCGAUUGUGACGCACAACUCGCUCCUCAAGCGGCGCCCAGGGAAGCGGGCGUUCACAAUCGCGCGCUCGAGCUUCAGCGGCACGCCGUCGUCCAUCUGGAUGGGCGACAAUCUGUCCACGUGGGGGCAGUACAUCCAGACGAUCCGGCAGAUGCUGCAGUUCGCGGCUGUGUCGGGAGUGGGGGUGGUGGGGGCCGACUCGUGCGGCUUCGGCGGCAACACGACCGAGACGCUGUGUGCGCGGUGGGCAUGGCUCGGGGCCUUUAACACGUUCUACCGAAACCACAAUGAGAUCAGCAGUAUCAGCCAAGAGUUCUAUCUCUGGAACCUGACGACGGUAGCGGCGCGCGCCGCCGGCCACGUCCGCCUCCAGCUCCUCGACUACACGUACUCGUUCUUGCAGCAGCACGGGGAGGACGGCACGCCAGCACUGUGGCCCUUGUCGUGGGUUCAUUCAGAGGACGCACAGACAAUUGGCGUUGAAGCGCAGUUCUACUACGGUCCGCACCUCCUCGUGUCUCCCGUAGUAGAGGAGAACAGCACGAGCGUGACAUUCUACCUCCCCGCGACGCGCUACUACGACUUCUUUACGCUCGUGGCCGUCGAGGGCGCCGGUGCCAAAAUUACCCUCAAUGGCGUGGGAUACGACACUAUGCCGCUGCACAUCAAGAGCGGCGCGGUGGUGCCCCUGCGCCAUGGCACGGCCAUGACGACUGCCGAGAACCGGCGCCUACCCUUCCGCCUCAUCGUUGCGCCGGACGCGCACGGCGCCGCGCACGGAUACCUGCGCCUGGACGACGGCGAGAGCGUCGACAUGGGCGAUAGUGUGAGCGACAUCCGCUUCGACUUCAAGGACGGCACGUUUCGCGUCUCGGGUACGUUUGGAUAUGGAGACUGCCAUGCGCUCGACUCGAUCGUGUUUGCGGGACAGGAGGAGAAAAUUGCAUGGAUCGACGGCAAGGCGUGCGAGGCCGACUACGAUGCCAAGGCCAAGACGCUGACGGUGUCGAAUCUCGGCCGCAAGUUGGACGGCGAGAUGACAGUCGAGCUGAAGUAGCCGACCACGACCGAGCCCAGCCGGACGGGGCGUCAGUAGUUAAUAGACGCGCAGUCACGCGGAAUGGAUGCUGUAGUUUGCCUAGAUCGCAGAGUACGAUGGACAGGACUGCGCUCGGA